CGCGAGAAGCAGAUAUUAUAAAUACGGACGCUGUCUGUUCACUGUCAAAUCAAACCUGAUAUAGAGUGAGUUACUAUACUGCUGGGAACAUCAUUUACCAAAGUUACCCAACAGAUUUGACAUGGAGUCAGUUGAAGUUGUCAAUAAUCAGAAUGUGGUUGAGAGGGUGGCCAGCCUCCCCUUGGUGAGCUCCACCUAUGACAUGGUGUCCAGUGCCUACUGCACCACCAAGGAUAACCACCCCUACCUCAAGUCCAUGUGCGAGGUGGCCGAGCUGGGGGUGCGAACCAUCACCACUGUGGCCCUCACUGGUGCAGCGCCCAUCAUCGGCAAGCUGGAGCCACAAAUUGCCAUGGCCAAUGACCUGGCCUGUAAAGGUUUGGAUAAGAUUGAGAAGACCUUGCCAAUCCUGCACCAGCCUUCUGAUCAGAUUGUUGCCAACACCAAGGAUGCAGUGACCGGUGCCAAAGAUGUGAUGUCUGUCACCGUCACGGGGGCCAAGGACAGUGUGUCCCACACCUUGACUAGCGCUGUGGACCGGACCAGGGGCGCUGUGCAGGACAGCGUGCAGAUGACCCGGGCUGCGGUCAGUGGUAGCGUAAACACGGUGAUGGAGAGCCGCAUGGCCCAGAUGGUCAGUAGCGGAAUGGAGACGGCCCUCACCACCUCUGAGCGCUUGGUGGACCAGUACCUGCCUCGCACUGAGGACGAGCUGGAAAUGGAAGCUAAAACGGUGAAAGGGUUCGACGUGGCCAAGGAUGCACCUAACUACUAUGUUCGUCUGGGCUCUCUGUCUACCAAGCUGCGUAAGAGAGCGUACCACAAGGCCCUGGCCCAGAUCAAAGACACCAAGCAGCGCAGCCAGGAGUCCAUCUCACAGCUCAACCACACUGUGGACCUGAUUGAUUACGCUAGAAAGAAUAUUGACGGAGCUAACCAGAAGGUGAAAGGCAAACUGAGCUCCCUGGUCGAGUGGAAGUCUAAUGAAGAAGAUGGAAAUGAGGCAGAGAACAUAGAAUCUAGGACCCUGGCGAUGGCGCGCUCCCUCACUCAGCAGCUGCAGACAACGUGCCUGGCGCUAGUCUCUGGUCUGCAGGGCCUUCCACAAAACAUCCAGGAGGAGGCGCUGUCCCUUAGCCACUCUGCCUCGCAAAUCUACUCCAGCUUCAGCAAGGCGUCGGCGUUCGGUGACCUGUCGGAUGGCGUUCUAGCCAGCAGCAAGGCCCAGCUGAACAAGAUGAAGGAGUCGCUGGAUGACGUCAUGGACUACCUGGUGAACAACACACCCCUCAACUGGCUGGUACCAGACUUCACCUUCUCAGACUUGGCCUCGGAACCUGACCUCUCCUCAGUUGAGGACGAUGGCAUGUCAGAUGAGUCCAACAGCAACGAACCUAUAUCAGCUCCCCUUGCUCACCAAUAAUCUGCAUUGUCAGCUAAAUCAAAUGUCCACAGGUCAUCUGUCUGUAAUGCUUAGUUAUAUUUGAAAAUAGAUUUUAAUAUUUUUGAAAUACCAUUGGUAGACAAUCAUAGAAGUUGAUUUGGCCAGUGUAUUUGAAAAUACACUAUGUAUUUAAAUAUGUAUUAAAUACGCAUGGAUUUGAACAAAGGUCUGUUCUGUUGUGGAUUGAAAAAAUAUUUAUUCGCUGUGAAAGUGACUGCCUCUUCCGUUUUACUUCCAUGUCCAAUACAGUUUUGAAUGGGAUUCAAGAUAUCAUAGAAUUCAUGAACGCAGUCAUUUAAGAUACCGUUUUUGUGGAUUAUCUACUGAUGCCUUAGCGACAGCAUUUUUUAUUUUUGUACUUCUUGCACUGAACCGUUUAAAAACUACAAGGCACAGAAGGCGGCCACUUUACCAGCGUAUUUUCAUGGCAGGUGUGUGAGCCUUUAAAUAAACAUUGCAGAUAUAAA